CACGGAUGGUCACACUCUAAUUGGCUUUGUUCUCUUUUUAUUUUGUUGUUUUCGCCCAUGUUUUGUCAAUAUUGUUUAGAAUAAUGGACGAUAAGAGGACAUUAAUUCGCUUGGACGAGGAAACUAGCGAGGAUGAAGAUCCGGCCGUGCCCAAAAGUAUACCGAGAGCUGGGCCCAAGCCCAUCGAAACUUUCGGCGAAACCCGCAGCGAAGAGAUGCCCUCAACUAGCUCCUCAAGCGGAGCGGCGCAUAUUUCGGGGAAUCACCAAAAUGAGCCGGAAAACGAUCUGCCGCCUUUAUUAGGAAACAAUGAUCAGCCUCCCCCAGUUAAUACAAUAAAUGGAAGCGCAGGCAGUGCAAGGAACCACAUCAAUGAUUCCGAGCCUAUUUUUCAUCUGAGGUCCCGGACUGCAGCGGCUUCCACACCCAAUUACGAGAGCUUGGACUAUGAAGUGUGCGAGAACACGCUGUUUCAAGACGAGCAGCGCAGGCGGCUGAGGGAACCUUUCUCUCUGCGCAAAGACAUCAUCCGUUGGAUAAUCUUCAUCCAAAUUGGCAUUAUCACGGCCCUUAUAGCCUGCACCAUAGAUAUUAUCAUUGAAGAGCUUUCGGAACUGAAGUACAACUUCCUCAAAGAGUCUGUUGCCGACAACGUUCCACUUAGUGAUGCCACCGGUCGCGAUCUGGUGAUUCCCUUCCUGUACUGGAUCUUGUUGAGCAUCCUACCAGUAGCCUUUGGAGCUGCCAUGGUGACCUACAUUGAGCCCAUAACCGCCGGCAGUGGUAUUCCGCAGGUGAAGAGCUACCUAAACGGUGUUAAAAUUCCACGAAUUGUUCGCAUUAAAACGCUGGCGGUGAAGGCCAUCGGCGUGAUAACAUCCGUGGUGGGUGGAUUGGCCGGCGGAAAGGAGGGUCCAAUGAUUCAUGCUGGUGCCGUGGUGGCUGCUGGCAUCUCGCAGGGCAAGAGCACCACUUUCGUAAAGGAUUUCCGUGUGUUUAAGGCCUUUCGCGAUGAUCACGAGAAGCGCGACUUUGUCCUGGGAGGAGGAGCUGCCGGAGUUUCAGCCGCCUUCGGAGCCCCCAUCGGAGGCAUGCUUUUUUCGCUGGAAGAGGCGGCCAGCUUCUGGAACCAGAAUCUCAUAUGGCGCACCCUGGUGGCCUCCAUUAUCAGUGUGUUCACUCUGAAUAUUGUUCUGUCGGCAUAUCACGGCCUAAACGAUUUUACAUUCACGGGUCUCUUCAAUUUGGGCAAGUUCGAUCAGCCACUAAAGUUCGACUACUUUGAGCUACCGAUCUUCAUGAUUCUGGGUGUGACCGGAGGGUUGCUUGGUGCCGCCUGGAACUCGCUAAAUACCAAGAUUAAUAACUUUAGGAAACGCUUCAUUCCCUGGAAGUUUGCCAAGGUAAUCGAAGCUGUUGUUGUGGCCAUGUUGGGCGUAACACUGGCUUGUUUGAUGAUUUACUUCAUCAAUGAUUGCCGGCCACUGGGCAAUGAUCCCACCAUACAUCCCGUUCAGCUUUUUUGCGAGGAUAAUGAGUAUAAUGCUGUGGCUGCCCUGUGGUUUCAAACGCCGGAAGCAACGGUUCGAUCGCUGUUCCACGAUCCUCCAGGAUCCCACAAAAUCCUCACUUUGGCCAUGUUCACUCUUGUGUACUAUGUUUUAUCGUGUGCCACCUUUGGCCUCAAUGUCUCCUUGGGCGUAUUCAUUCCCACUGCUCUUGUUGGAGCAGCCUGGGGUCGUCUUUUGGCAAUGGUUACAUUCUACCUAUUCCCGGAGGCGGAAUUCCUGCAUCCUGGUAAAUAUGCUUUGAUCGGAGCAGCGGCCAAUUUGGGCGGAGUUCUCCGCAUGACCAUCAGCUUGUCGGUUAUCCUGAUGGAAACAACUGGCAUCGAAAGUUCCUUCUUCUUUCCGCUCAUCAUAGCACUAAUCACCGCCAAGUGGGUCGGUGACUACUUCAACGAGGGCAUCUACGACACCCAAAUCCAAGUGAAUCAUGUACCAAUGCUGCCUUGGGAGCCGCUGCCCCAGUACAUGGGUCUGACAGCCAAAGAAAUCAUGAGCGGUCCUGUUGUUUGCAUCAAGCUUCGUGAUAGCGCCCACUACAUAUACAAGGUGCUGAAGAAAUGCGACCACAAUGGCUUCCCCGUUGUGGAUAAUGUGAUCGGCGAUCGUCGGUCGGAGGGACGCGUCUGUGGUAUCAUCUUGCGUUCCCAGCUAAUUGUCAUCUUGUUAAAAUCGUUGUACGUGGAAAACAAGCGAUUCUGGCUGCCGGAAACAUCUAUACAGACCUUCAGAGAUGUAUAUCCAAGAUAUCCAUCAAUUAAGAGCGUUCGCAAGCUGGACGAUAAAAUCAACUACACUGUAGACCUGGCCAUGUUCAUGAACCCAUCACCAGUACGCGUCAAUCCGCACGAUUCGGUGCCCAGGAUUUUCCAGAUAUUCCGCGCCUUGGGUCUGCGUCACUUGCUGGUCAUCAACAAUGAAAAUCGGAUCGCAGGCAUAAUAACACGAAGAGACUUCAUCUACAAGUGACUUCCAUGCAUAGAAUGCAGUUAAGAAAAAGUAUAUCGAAUGUCAAGUAAAUAAAUAUUUUCUAUAUCUUUGUA